UAAAAUAAAAACUAAAUGAGUGUAUCUGUCUGUCGUCAGAUCUUCAUCGGAGAGGUAUCCAUGUACAUCAUGAAGUCCACACGGGCGGUGCUACUAACCCAGGAGAAGACCAUCUUGACGGGGGAGUGCUGCUACCUGAACCCCCUCAUCAGAAGAAUCGUCAGGUUUAUUGGUGUGUUUGCAUUCGGCCUGUUUGCCACAGACAUCUUUGUGAAUGCUGGCCAGGUAGUGACCGGUAACCUGGCGCCGUACUUCCUGUCUGUGUGUAAGCCCAACUACACCGGCACCGAGUGUCGCUUCAACCACCAGUUCAUCUCCAACGGUAACAUCUGUACCGGCAGCCCGGCCGUCGUGGAGAACGCUCGACGCUCUUUCCCUUCCAAAGACGCCUCGCUCAGCGUCUACUCCGCUGUCUAUGUCACGAUGUACAUCACUAGCACCAUAAAGACUAAGAGUAGCCGUCUGGCCAAACCAGUGCUGUGCCUGGGUACCCUGUGUACAGCCUUCCUCACCGGGCUCAACCGGGUCUCGGAGUACCGGAACCACUGUUCUGAUGUCAUCGCUGGGUUCGUCUUGGGCAGCUCUAUCGCUCUCUUUCUGGGUAUCUGUGUGGUGAACAACUUUAAAGGAGCCCACUCGACUGCCACCAAGCAGAAGACUGAAGAUUACCGUGGUCUCCCUUUAAUGGCCUUCCCCCGCGUCCAGAGCCCCCUGGAGACACUCAGCGCACAGAACCAUUCGGCAUCGAUGACUGAGGUCACAUGACUAGCGGGGACCACGGUGGGACAACACCGGGUCACCUUUGCGUCUCCUCAACACAACUUCUAGGCACAAUUAUGUUUUGUACUGUGUCAUACUACUACUGUUAAAAAAAAGGACAGUAUUCUGGUGUAUGUAACUAGUUAGAGGCCGAUGAUUUGUACAUUUUCUAUAAGAGAGUACGUGCUGUAGCCUACCUAACCCUGAAGAUGUUACUACUGUAGGUUUGAACUGGGGUUGUAAAAUUCACGUAACUUUCCAAAAAUGUCCAGGUUUUCCACAUAGAAGAUUCCCGGAAUCAGGUGUAAGAAAUCCAGGAAUUCUUCUACCGGGAUUUCUGGAAAGUCUGGGAAUGUUGGGAAAAUUACCGGAAUGUUUCACCCCUAGUCUGAUUUGUGUCAGGACUUCCUCCUCUCUCUCGCUCAUCAUGUUUUACAUCGUGUUAGGACUUACGCUUUCAUUCCUCCUCUCUCUAGUCAUGUUUUAUAUCACAAAGGAAAUAUAAUAUACAGUAUACAGUCUAUCUAAUGUUAUUGAAAUAUUGAUGUCGUUCCGUGGUAUUUGUACAAAUUCCUCAAUCUAUUCUGUUCGUUUUUUUCUGUACAUUUAUUGACUACAUUCUUAUUUUGUAUUAUUUGUUAUCUCUGUAUAAAACAUUUGGACCGAUUAUUAUUAUUAUUUUUAUAUACUUUUUUUGUUGCCUGCUGAUUUUUCAGGAAUGUAUUUGUUAUUCAUGUUGUUCAGGGGGAAACAACAUCCCAUUGGACUGUGACACAACGUGGUAUUAUUGUGUUUUUGUCUUCUCCAUCCAGAAACUGCCAUUCUCUCAGCAUGGAAGUACACAGUUGAACUAUUUGAAUAAAUAUUCCCAAUUUGUAUAGUCUUUCUUUAAGAAAAAAACUAACACAUUUCUUUUGAAAUGCUGCAUAUAUUUUUCUUGCUUUGUCCAAAUAAUAAAUAUUUAGUAGCAGAGUA